AUUUGUAAAAUUUUCGUAAUGUCGUAAAAUGCAGGCAUCGCUAGCUGAAGGGGGUUAUAAGCUGUCACACAAUCAAACCACAACGCGCGCCGACCAAACACCAUCGCGCCAAUACCAUUCUACAAGAAAUUUCACGGUUGCUUCCCUAGAAUAACGUUUCUUGACGGUGUGUGCGGGAAAUUGUUUAAAAAUGCUCCAAUUCGAACGCAGAUCAAUAGUAAACGGAGCUUCCUUAAAAAGACACGUUGGCCAACCCAUCAGCAUUCAUUUGAAGGUGGAUCGUGCCGACGAUGGGUGCAAAUCGUUCAGUGGCAAAACGACAGACGGUGUUAAUGUUCAAGUGAUGCUGUUGGAACCUCUGAAUGGCGUUUGCACAGGAUGGAUCGAAGUAAUUGGUGUCGCUGGUCCCAAUGACUCGGUUCGCGGUAAACAGAUCAUCACAUACUUUAACGCUGGGGAUAAAACGGAGAACUUCGAUGUGGACGGACACAACAUGCUUUGCACACUGCUAUCGGUGUGUAAGGAACCUUUUUACAUGGGUCCACAAAUGUAAUUGUAUGGAGAAUAUACGUAAUGUUUGAAUAAUUAACACCAUUA